AUGUCCUCAUCUCUCUCAAAAGACCUCCGGGCUCAAUACCGAGUUCGAGCCAUGCCCAUCCGUAAAGAUGAUGAGGUGACCGUCGUCCGAGGUGCUUUCAAGGGACGAGAGGGAAAAGUACUCACUGUUUACCGAAAGAAAUAUGUGAUCCAUGUUGACAAGGUGACCCGUGAUAAGGCAUCCGGUCAAACUGUUCAAGUUGGAAUUCAUCCUUCAAAUUGUGUGAUUUCCAAAUUGUACCUUGAUAAAGACCGAAAGGCUAUCUUAGCCAGAAAGGAUCGAGGUGAAAAACCAGAGAAGAUGAAUGUUGAUUGA